AUGGCAUCAAUCCAGCAACCGGGGAACCAAAUCCUGAUGUUCCAGUCUCUACUCGCGCCGAUGUUGACCGCGCUGUCGAGGCGGGAAUCGCUGCAUUCAAGAGCUGGUCCAAAACCCCAUACGAGGAGAGGGAAAAAAGCUCUCCUGGCCUUUGCUGAUGCUGUGGGGGAAUAUUCUGAGGACCUCACCAAAUUGCUCGUGAAAGAGCAAGGGAAACCGGCCCAGUUUGCCGCCGCGGAUAUUCAGUCAGGAAUUGCCAGUGUUAAGGCCACUGCCAACUUUGAGUUGAAGGAUGAAGUUCUCGAAAACAACGAGGACAGAGAGUUGAUUCCCCGCUAUACGCCAUUGGGUGUUGUCGUUGGCAUUGUCCCAUGGAACUUUCCUGUUAUGCUCUGCCUGAUCAAAAUCGCACCGGCUCUUCUUACUGGGAACACAAUCAUUGUUAAACCUUCACCGUAUACUCCCUAUUGCGCACUGAAACUUGCCGAAAUUGGCCAGAAGUUCUUCCCCCCUGGUGUCCUCCAAACUCUUAGCGGUGAUGAUAAUCUGGGACCCUGGUUGACGGCCCACCCUGGACCAGCAAAGAUUAGUUUCACAGGUUCAGGAGCAACUGGGGGGAAGGUCAUGGAGAGUGCAAGCAAGCCACUGAAGCGAGUUACUCUUGAGCUAGGCGGAAAUGACCCUGCAAUUAUCUGUCCUGAUAUCAAUAUUGAAGCAGUGGCAGCAAAGGUCGCGCUGGCGGCAUUCUUCAAUUCCGGACAGGUCUGUAUCGCAGCGAAACGAAUAUACGUCCACGAGUCCAUCUAUGAAAAAUUUCGCGAAGCAAUGAGUGUCGCCACGGCGAAGUUGGUUGUGGGUGAGGGUAAUGAGGCCGGUGUGAUGGUUGGCCCCAUCCAAAACUCUAUGCAUGGACCGUUGCUGCAGGCGGAAACGCCGAAGUUCGGAAGCCAGGGUACUUCAUCCAGCCCCACCAUCAUCGAUGUGCCACCUGUUGAGUCGAGGAUUGUUGCAGAAGAGCCAUUCGGCCCAAUCGUGCCCCUCAUCCCCUGGAAAGAUGAAGCAGCGGUGAUCGAAGCCGCGAAUAACACCAAGAUGGUGUUGGGCUCAUCCGUCUGGUCCAACGACCUGGACCAGGCACGACGAAUCGGGAAACAGCUUGAAGCUAGCAACGUAUGGAUCAACGCACACCAGGAAGUCAGUCCUAUUGUACCAUUCGGCGGCCACAAGGAGAGCGGUAUUGGCUUUGAGGGCGGCCUCGACGGCCUGAAGAGUUACUGCAAUGCGCAGGCAUUUUAUAUCAAGAAGGCUAAAUUGUAG